AUGGCGGAUAUUGUUUUUACGCAAAAUGGAUUUAAGGGUUGGAACAAGGCUUUAGAGAGAUUCGGAACUCAUAUUGGAGAGGUUAAUAGAAUCCACAACAAGUGUUUCAACGUGAUGAUUCACCUGAUGAAUCAAUCACAAUCUAUUCGCACAUCUUUUGACAAGCAUUUCGAGAAAGAAAAAAAUGAAUCUUGGCAUCACUUGAGUGCUUCAAUCGAUGUUGCAAGGUUUCUUUUGAGAUUAGGAUUGUCAUUUCGUGGUCAUGAUGAGAGUGUAUCAUCUACAAAUAAAGGUAUAUUUCUUGAGCUUUUGCGAUUGUGUGGAAACAUUAAUGAGGAUGUUAUAAUGGAAGACCUAGAUGGUGAUUAUUUUGGGAUACUAGUAGAUGAAUCAAAAGAUAUAUCACAUAAGGAGCAAAUGACACUUGUUCUACAAUACGUUGACAAAAAAGAUGAAGUGAUAGAGCGAUUUGUUGGUGUAGUCCAUGUUAGUGAUACAUCUGCACGAUCCUUGAAGGAUAUUCUUUUAUAUCACUCACUAAGUCCGUCCCAAAUCCGUGGACAAGGUUAUGAUGGUGCAAGUAACAUGCAAGGAGAACUAAAUGGUCUUAAGAGUUUAAUUUUGCGUGAUACUCCAUCUGCUUAUUCUACUCAUUGUUUUGCUCACCAGUUGCAGCUGACACUCGUGGCUCUUAUGAAGAAAAAUUCAGAUGUGGAUGAUUUUUUUUGUUCAAUUAGUAAUGUGUUGAAUAUUGUUGGAGCAUCUUAUAAGCGCAUGGAUUUGCUCAGACAACAUCAAGCUGCACAGUUAGAGGAGUUGAUCAUUUCUGGUGAAGUGCACACAGGACGGGGACUAAAUAAAAAACGUGCACUUCAACGACCAUGUGACACUCGUUGGGGUUCUCACAGUAAGACAUUAGAGAACUUCAUUGACAUAUUUUCAUCAAUUCUUUAUGUGCUUGGAUUUGCUGCACGUGAGUGCCCAAAUUAG